AGGGCGCGCUCCCGUACGAGAGCACAGUUCCUUUUAUUGUAUAUAAUUAGGCGAAAUCAACAAUUAAUACAAUCGUUAUCGCACAUUAGUGCCGUCGACUCGCGUGCCGCUUUCGUGAAGCAAUGUAGUAGUGCAUCCGCGCGCGCCGUCCGAGCGAGACAUGAGUUUGUUUACGCAGUCGCGCCGCGAUAGUCCAACGUCUAUAUCAACACAGUGCACCCACUGCAUCGAGAUCGUGGAACCGCAGCCGGAAGACUGUUCCGGCGCUCCCCUCCCGCCUGAAGGCAACGUCAAACUCCGCAACUACCGGCUGCUCAACGAGAACCUCCGCGCGUAUUCCCCGACCGGCGAUAUCCACACCUCACCAGCCAAGGGCAAAUUGGUGUCAAGGUUCGACGUCUGCUCAACCAUAUCGCCGCCAAGAGCGAAAAUACUCGAGCUGCUAAGGCCGGAAGAUCCCGGGCGGGAUGCAUUGGAGGCGAUAAUAAGACCGGCACCUCGUCGAGGUCUCGCGCGACCGCUCGAUGAGGAUACGCGUCGGUUUCUGCAGAGAGCUCUACUCUCCCCGAGCCCGCAAGGUCUGUCGCUGGCCGCUACGCCAGAACCUCCCAAUCCACCGACAGUAACCUCCGAAACUUUGACAGAAUCAGUGAAUUUCACACAGCAGCUACAAAAUUCAAAAUUAGAAAGAUCUCUAGCAGACGAGUUACGAGAAGCAGAAGAAGACGAGCGGUCGGGAGGAAACAUUCGAAAGGAAUUGCUGAGGGAAUUUAGAAGGAGAGGUGGGGGAGUUCGAGAAGCAGUUGAGAGGGACCGAUUGGGGAAGUUGGCGUUAUCAGUGGAGGAAGACGAAGGAGAUUGCCAGGAGGAGAACGGGCUCAGUGCGGCAGCGCGGCGCCUGGACGCGCUGCUGGCAGAGUCACGGGAUCUGCACGAGGAGCUGGCCGGCAUUCAGGAAGACAUCCAGGCGCAGAAUGCGCGCGCAUGUCGGUGCGCGGCAGCUGCGCGCGCGCUUUUCUCGGAGUGGAGGGCGCUGCGGUACAUGGACGACGUGGUUGCUCUGCUGAAGGGCGACGUCGCAGGCGCCGUGAGGGCGAAGGCCUGGCCCUUCGCCCUCGGCCGGAGACAGCCGCACCGGAACUAUAUCGUGUGAUCUCAGAGUAGUGACAUGUGCAACUCCGUGAUCAACCGGCACAGGUGACACUCGACACU